AUCAAUAGGGGGACUUAAAUGUGUAAACCACGCAACCCAUGUGUUCUUUUGCUCGCGGUGUACAAAUGCAAAUUCGACUGGAAAGCGAUGUACCAACUGUGGAGAUAUACGAAAGGAAACUUCAAUUAAAAUUUCCACUUGAUCAGAAUCGUGUGUAUCCUUAGCCCUGCUGUGGAGAACAUGCGUCCCAGCUUUGGGC